CUACUUCCUCGAGGGCUCGGCAACGACUAACUCUCUGUCUGCUGGCCGUAUGCGUGCCCGUGGCCGGUCGUGUCAGUACUUUUCAGGUCGGUCCACAGUGCAGUUGGCUUUUACCAUCGAGUUUCGACUGGCACACAGUCGCUCGGGCUGCACGACGAUUCGUCGAGUCGCCGUUGGGUUACGCUCGCGAGUGGUCGGCCGUGCUUCUCCUCGUGCAACGCCGUCAAACCGUAAGUGUCUCUCUCGUGCACAUCCUGCCCGUUCUCUGUGUCUCGUGCCUCUGUUGUGCAAGCCAAAACUCUGCGUCCGUGUGCACGCAUCUCGUAGGAGGCGGAAAGAGAGAGGGAGUGCAGCACCGAGGCAGCGUUCGUUAAUACCCGCUUCCGGCACGUGGAACCGAACCGCACUCUGUUUUUCUUCGUAGCGCAUCGCUGCUGCCGUCGCUCCAUACUUCUCUCGUGGGAGGUCAGCACCUAGCCGGUGGGUAAGUGAAGAAACCACGCUCUCACCGGAGCAGACAGUACGUUGUAGAGGUCGAAAUGUUGUGAUGGCCGGGACAUCUCGACGUCCGAGCUCUGAGCUCGGACCAGACCUUUCAUCCCCCACGCCACCCAAGAAAUCGAAAUUCUCCGAGGCCUCGAUCGAGGGAAGGUCCGAGAAGGAACAUGACUUGAGCACGGAGGAAUUGGAGAGCGUGGAGAAAUUGUCGGGUACGGUGGCAUCCUCGUUACCUGAGAACACGAUAGAGGUAAUACCAGGGAGCGCGUCAGAAACCAAUCCAUUCGAGAUCGGCGGGGAAUCUUUGGACACCGCGAAACAGCUGAGCCAAACUAGUUUGGAGGGACCGGCAAAUGUAGCAGCGGCUGGUUCCUCGAAGGAAGGACACUUCGGCAGUUUCGAAACGAUCGCACAAAUGAAGUACAGCGGCCAGAAAGAAUUAUCCGGCAGUUCUAACAAGAGAUCAGAGUCGGAUAGCGAUGUGCAAAUUCAAACAUCGAUAAUCGGCGAGGACGCAUCGUAUCAGGAAUUGUCUUUGAUCGGAAAUGGCGCCUAUGGCACGGUCUACAAGGCUAAAGACUUGAAUACGGGACAAGUGGUAGCUUUAAAAAAAGUUAGAGUGCCCCUGACGGCGGAUGGUCUACCUACGUCCACGUUAAGAGAAAUAGCCACUUUGAAACAACUGGAAAGAUUCGAGCAUCCGCACAUUGUAAGAUUAUUGGACGUUUGUCAAGGGAAUUAUCUACACUUGCCUUCUGCCGAUGGAAGAUCGGAGAGAUUGGAUCGAGGACUGACGUUAUGGCUUGUGUUCGAGCACGUGGAAAGGGAUCUAGCAUCUUACAUGUCCUCUUGUUCGCAGACAGGAAUUCCUCCUCAUGUGGUGAAACAAAUGUCGAAGGAAAUACUCAGAGGUGUAGAAUUUUUACACAGUCACAGGAUCAUACACAGGGACUUGAAACCUCAAAAUCUGUUGGUAACCAGGGAAGGAAGAAUAAAAAUUGCAGAUUUUGGUUUAGCGAAAACGUACGAUUUUGAAAUGAGAUUGACUUCUGUGGUCGUGACACAAUGGUAUCGGGCUCCAGAAGUCCUCUUAGGUUGCUCUUAUGCAACUCCUGUUGAUAUUUGGUCUGUUGGAUGCAUUCUAGCAGAAUUAAGUAGACUUGAACCUUUAUUUCCUGGUACGAGCGAAGGUGACCAACUCGAUAGGAUUUUCCAAAUAAUUGGAACUCCAUCGCAAGGGGAAUGGCCUGAAAAUGUAUCUCUUAGUUGGACAGCUUUUCCUUAUAGACAACCAAAAUCUUUUGCAACUAUAAUAUCUGAUCUCAACGAAUAUGGGCUAGAUUUAAUUAAAGGUAUGCUUACCUUUAAUCCUCAUAGACGAUUAACUGCGGCUCAAGCCCUCAGACAUCGGUAUUUUGCUGAAGAUGAUUCGUGAUGAUUAGUUUUCUUGAGUAUUUUUUCUUCAUCUUUAAUAAUUUUUUAAAUGCAGACUGAUGUUACGGUAUCCAAAAAUACGUAAGCAUGUUAUUUUAUUUUUUUUUUAGUAUAAGAAUCAUCAUAGUACUUUUCUUUUUUUAGAAAAUAAUAUAGUUUAUUACGAAUAUAAUACACGAAUAUGAAUCUUCGUAAUUAUGUACGGCUUAUAAAUAUUCCUUUCUUAUUGAGGAAUUAUAAUUGCAAAAUACGUUUACUACAGUUUAUGAAACCAUCGUUAUAUUUAAAUUCUAUAGCUAUUGCAUUUGAAAGAUCAUCGUAAUUUAAGUAUAUAUAUAUAUAUAUAUAUAGUCGUUAAAUAGUACAGUAAGUAACAGCUUUCUAAGCUUUGUUUAGAUAAUCAUAUAAUUUCCAUUAUUUGUGUAUGUAACAAUGACAUUAUUGAUAUUUAUUUAAGUAAUAUAUCUAAAUAGCAUUUCCGUUUCUAUUUUCUAUUUUCAUGAUAAUGAUGAAUCUAUUCAUAUUUUCACGUUUCAUUUUCACGUUAUAAUACCUCUCGACUAGUAAAUAUUUUCUAAUAAGAAUAAAUAGGAUUCAUCUCCGGGCACCAAAAACAAUUUUGUAUAAUGAUUGAUUAGGUGUGCCUUCCAAAGUUGUUGGAAUAUUCAUAAUCUAUGCCUUAAUUUUCUAUGUAAACUUAAUUAUAAGCAUAUUAUUAAGUAGCAUUAUUCUUGUAAGACUGGGGCCUAUUGACCCGUUAGAUUCGUUGGAAAGAUAUAGGAUUUCCCACAAAAAACCAGAAAGUACACUGCCAUAUGUAUGUAAAACAAAUAAUAGCACGUAAAAUGUAUUUUAUCUUCAGUAUAUAUAUAAAUCAUAUGAAUAAUAUUUAUAUAUAUAUACAUAUAUAUAUAUCUCUAAGUAAGUACAUAAUUUGUAAAAAUACGUGAAAAACCUUUAAAAAGACUGUACAACAAAAUAAAGAUUUUAUAGUUUUAUAUAUCGAAACUAUUCUUAAACCAAAGCUAAGUUAA